GAACUAGUGGCUAUGGCCCAAUUUUCAAGCACCAACGACCUUCAACAACCCACCCAGAACCAACCCAAACCCAAACACCCAAUUGCUCUGAGUCGGACAAUCCAAGGCCCGUGUCCCCAGUUAGGUUUGGAGUCUAUGUCUGAUAUAGACAGCGAGGUCUUUCAAAAUAACCGCCAGCUGACCACUUGUGGAGAUCCGGGUCGGGAACCGGUUUCGUGUCAAAAUCGGUGAGCUACGUGAAGGAGAGAAUUCCCAGGUGCAUGAACUUCAAGUUGUUUAGUGUCAUCCAGAUUGUGAAGAAGCCCAGGGUUUUGAUUUGGACUCAGAAGUACCCAACCACCAGAACAAUUCAAGUCUGGUCGAAAUCAGUCAGGUAUUCAUCUGACUCCGUGUCUUCACCGGUUGAGCAUUGAAAUGGAAAUGGAAAUAGACUUGCUUUUCAAUUUGGGGAAUGUUGAAAAUUUUGAUGCUGAGCCCGACUAUGUAAAUUAUCUAUCUAGUAUUUAUCUUAGAAACGACAACGAGUCGUCUAGCGAUUUUCGAGAACGCGAGGUUGUGGCCAAUGGAAGUUGUCGGGCUGCAAGUAGUGUGGUGGAAGGGCUUGUGGAGAUUAAGAUUGGAAAAGAAAAUGAUGGGUUUUGCUGUAUAGUUUGUCUUGAGGAAUUUGAAGAAGGGGAGAUACUGAAAAGGUUGCCUUGCUUGCAUCAUUACCAUGGGGAUUGCAUUAUCCCAUGGUUGAGAAUAAGGGCAACUUGUCCGCUUUGUCGGUACGAGUUACCUACUGAUGGUGAGGCGGAUGAGAGGAGGAGCCAGGGUGGUUCAGCUGCUGCUGGUGGUGGUGGCAGCGGUUAGAUUAGUACUACUAUAUUACUUUACUAUGUUUUUAGAUGUUUAUUUAAAUGAAGCUUAGUUGUUAUGAUGGCGGAGGUAUCCUUUAUAUGUAAAAGUUUCUGUAAGAAGAUUUGUAUAGUUUUCUUAGCAGGUUAUCACGGUGAAUGAAUUUCUAGUUUCACAUGUGCAAAACCAUAAGAGUUUUUGUAGGAAUCAUAUGCUGUUUUGUGGUUUUGAUUGACCCUUUUUGGAGUCAAGUUCAGUAGUAAGGUCUUUCAUGCAGUGACAAAGGUCUUCAGCAGAAUCUUCAAAUAUCUUCAUUCAAUAGAUAAUUGAGAUGGAAAGGUUUGUAGAUAGAGAUCAAGCAGGACAACGAAAACAGGGUGAUUGAGUUCUGCUUCUUCCUUUUUUGGAUUUCCAAUGUUACGGAUGGUUGGCAUUUGAUUAAAUCCUAAGCAUUCUUAACUCCAAAUUUAGGAUCUCAAAGGAUUUUGUGGAAUUCAAAAACCCAAUUGCAACUCCCACCCUUCUUAGAAGUUUAAGAUCUCCAAUUCCAAAUUCAUAGUUCAAACAUAAAAUAUCAAAUUCAUGAAUUCCAACUCAGAAUAUUUGAAACUUAACGAUUUAAGAUUCAAAUCUAAAUCUAUAUUUGAACUCCCAAAUGCAAUCUAAUCACUCUACCUUACCUUUCUGCCAAUUUACAUCAUUUUGAGGAUGCAAAAUCUGAAAAAUAAAUCCAAAAACAAAAAA